AUGCUCAGUUCACUGAUUUUAGCAUUCGCUGAAGGAUGGAAAUUGUCCUUAGUGUACAUGGCGAUGUCUCCAUUGACAAUGAUCACUUUUAAUUUUACUAUCAAAACCAUCGUUACUUUUACUGUGAAAGAAGUCAAAGCAUUUGCCGUGUCAUCAGCAAUUGCACAGGAAGUAUUACAAAAUAUUCGAACAGUAACAGCAUUUCACGGUCAAGAAAAGGAAGAAAAGCGAUUUGCAGAUAGUCUCAUCGCAGCAAAAACGACUGGAAUAAGAAAAGGAUUUUACAUGGGACUUUGUCAAGGUUUAAGCACUCUGUUCAAUUAUUCUGCAACAGCACUCACACUUUGGUAUGGCCUUCAGCUUACUCGAACUGAUUGUGAACACUAUUCAUCUGGGUCUGCAUUUGUUGUUCUUUUUGCUUGUAUGAGCGCUACAUCAGGUAUAUCUCAACUGUUGCCCAACAUUCAAAGUUUUGCAGAAGCUGCUGGUAGCAGUGUUUAUGUAUUCGAUUUAAUCGAAAGAUGUUCAUUUAUUGACGCAUUCGCAGACAGUGGAGAAAAACCGGACACGAUCAAUGGUGAUAUUGAAUUUGAAAACGUUACUUUCGCAUAUCCGACUAGACUCGAGGCUCCGAUUCUCAGAAAACUAUCAUUAUUAAUUCCAUCUGGUAAAACGGUGGCUCUAGUUGGAUCAUCAGGCUGUGGAAAAAGUACUGCAAUUCAGCUGAUACAACGAUUUUACGAUCCAGAAAGUGGCCGAAUUCUACUCGAUGGAAGAAAUAUAAUAAGAUUAAAUGUGACUUGGUUACGUUCACAAAUUGGAGUUGUUAGUCAAGAGCCAGUACUGUUUACUGGUUCAAUCGAAGAUAACAUACGCUACGGUAAGGUUGAUGCUACAGAUGAAGAAGUAGAGGCUGCAGCGAAAAUGGCUAAUGCUCAUGAUUUUAUUAUGGCACUUCCAGAAAAAUACAAAACGCCAUCUGGUGAUAAAUUGAGCGGUGGCCAAAAACAACGAGUCGCUAUUGCUCGAGCGUUAAUAUCGAAUCCCAAAAUUCUUCUACUAGAUGAAGCUACCAGUGCGCUUGAUAAUACGAGUGAAAGAAUUGUGCAGGAUGCAUUAGAUAAGGCUAAAGAUGGUCGUACAACUAUCGUCAUUGCUCAUCGUUUGAGUACCAUAAGAAAUGCAGACUUAAUUGUAGCAUUAGAAAAUGGUCAAGUGAGAGAGAGCGGAACUCAUCAUGAGUUAAUGAAGCAAAGAGGCCUCUACUAUGGGUUGGUUACGACUCAAUCUAAAAAGGAACAGCAGCAAGAAAAACAAAAAGAUGGCUCAGACAGUGAAAGUGAAGAUAAUGAAACAAAAGACGACAAUGCAUCAGUACAGAAUUCACUUGCGAGUCGUAGAGCAUCGAAGCAAUCUAUGAAUUCAACUGGAACUUCGGAGGGUUAUAAUGAAGCUAUCCAAGAGCGAACUAUUGAAAUGUCGAAGAUCAAGAAAUUCUUUCGCGUUCCAUUUUUAUUGCAAAUUGCAAAGUUCAAUAGACCCGAAUGGUAUUGGAUUUCGCUAGGUACACUAGUUUCGCUCGGUAGUGGCACUGUACAACCGUUCUAUGGAUAUGUUUUUGCGAGCCUCUAUGACACUGUCAAUGAGCCAGAUCCAGAUGAACAAGAUCGCCUGAUACGUGUUUAUGCGAUAAUUUGUUUCUGUAUUGGAUUAGGUGCGUGUAUUACUCAAUUUCUAUCCAGUUUUAGUUUUGCCAAGUCGGGCGAAGCGUUAACAAUGCGCAUGAGAACCAUUACAUUUGGUGCAAUGAUACGGCAGGAGAUGAGUUUUUUUGAUCAAGAAGAAAAUUCUGUCGGUGCUCUCGUCACACGCCUUUCUUCAGAUGCUUCAGCACUUAAGGGUUUAACUGGUAUUCGUAUUGGAACUAUUUUACAAUCUAUCAGUGCUGGCAUAUUUCUCUCCGAUUGUAUUCUUAUCCGGCAAGUUACGAAGUCAGAUAAAAGAUACCAAGGGAAAAAAUCAAGUUACAUUCGUCGAAAAAGGCAGUCAGGUACGUAUGCAACACAAGCAAUUGAACAUAUUCGUACUGUUGUAUCUCUGCAUCAAGAGAACCAUUUCAUCAAUCUAUAUGAAGAUGCGUUCAAUCAAGAUCUGAAGCAAAAGUUUCGUCGUGCACAUCUCUUGUCUUUAGGCAAUGCCAUAACGGGCUCGUUGUCGUAUUUCAUGCAAUGUGCAUGCUUUGGAUAUGGCAGUAAAUUAAUUGAGGCUGGUGAACUUCAAUUUGGCGCAGUAUACAGAGCAUUCUGUGUGAUAACUUUGUGUAUUUUCGCGGUCAAUCGCUCGUUGCGAAUGCUUCCUGAUUACGCCAAAGCAAAAGCAGCAGGUCUGAGAAUUAUUAAGCUCCAUCAACGUCAAUCACAAAUCGAUCCUACCAACGAAUCGGGCAUUAUUUUAAAAGAUAUUGGCGGUAAUAUUGAAUUUAGUGAUGUUCAUUUCCGAUAUCCCAACCGACCGACGCUUCGUGUGCUGCGUCAUUUCUCACUGAAAUGUUUAUAUGGUGCUACUACGGCUCUUGUUGGUCCCUCAGGAUGCGGAAAAUCAACAGCAAUAGCAUUAUUACAGCGCUUCUAUGAUCCAGAUAAAGGUCGAAUCUUAAUCGAUGGACAUGACAUAAAAGUCUUUAACAUUCGAUGGUGGCGAUCAAUGAUAGGUCUUGUUCAACAGGAACCAAUCCUUUUCAAUCUUUCUAUUCGUGAUAAUAUUGCUUAUGGUGAUAAUAGUCGAGAUAUAAAACAAGAGGAAAUUGAAACUGCUGCUCGAAUGGCGAAUAUCCAUGAGCUGAUUAUUUCGUUUCCUCACGGUUAUGAAACAUUAUGUGGAGCAAAAGGUAGUCAAUUGUCUGGUGGUCAAAAACAACGAAUUGCCAUUGCCCGAGCAUUAAUUCGUAAUCCAAAACUGCUUCUGCUCGAUGAAGCGACAUCAGCGUUAGAUAAUAAAAGUGAAAAAGUCGUGCAAGCAACCUUGGAUCAAGCGCGAUCUGGUCGCACUUGCAUAACUAUCGCCCAUCGUCUAUCAACAAUUCGCAAUUCAGAAAAAAUUGCUGUUGUAAAUCGAGGCAAACUCAGAGAAGAAGGUACUCAUGAAGAAUUAUUACAUCAAAAAGGGAUCUAUGCACAGUUAGCAUUGUCACAGAGAAAAUCCGGUCACCAUUAG